AUGCCCAAGCGACGUUUCAAUCCUCCGGAAGAGGAAAAAAUUCCAACAGUGGAGAAAUUGUAUAAGCAAAACCAGCCUUCCUUCAAUGCAGCCGGUGGCUUUAUGGACGAUGAUGAUGAAUACCAAGAGCGAAGAGAGGAAAUAAGCAAGUCGAGACAGCAAAGAGUGGAUGCGAAAUUCGCUGAUCAAGAAUGUCCUGAUAACUGCAUUAAGUGCAAAAAGCCAAUGUUCGAUUCAUGGUUGUGGGAACGAUACAGUCAUCCCGUGUGUGAUGGUUGCAGAGACGAUUUGGGUGAGCAUAAACUGAUCCCUCGGACGGAGGCAAAGUCUUUUUAUUUAUUAAAAGACUGUGAUUUGGAUUUGCGGAAACCGGUGUUGCGCUAUUGGUCAAAAAAGAAUCCUCACAAUCCACGUUAUGGUGAUAUGAAACUUUAUCUGAAAUGUCAGGUAGUUGAGCGGAUGCUUGAAAUCUACGGUAGCUGGAGUGAAUUCGAAGCUGAAAAGAAAUUGCGCGCCUCGCAAAAAGAAGUCAGAGCUGAGAAGAACUUCGAGAAAAAGGUCAAGGAGAUGAGACAACAUAUUCGCGGUCUUUCCGGCGUGAAGAUUGAAGAGAGUGCUGUGCAUGAGCAUACUUACGGUGAGGAAGAAUAUGACGAAAGCAAAGACGAGUACUCCAAGCAGUGCACACAGUGUGACUACGUGCUGAGAUACGAGAAGUUGUGA